AAGAACUUCAAACGAACUGAGCCGAACGCAUCAAUGAAUCUGAAAGAGUCGAACGUUACUUACAGUUAUAGGGCUGUUCACUGCUUUACCCAAGCAAAAGAUGUUUUCAUUCGACUCUGGCCUGCAACACUACGUUGUCGUUGCUGGUCUCACAGUCACACUCCUUUACCUCUUCCACCGCGCUCCUCUACCCAAAUCGAUCCUAGGAAUACCUCACAAUAAACAUGCGGCCACAAACAUCAUGGGAGACAUUGACUCCUUCCUCAAAAGCCAGAAACAAGGCAUCUCCAUGUUCCGAUGGGUUGCAGCCCAGACCGAGAACCUCCAAUCGCCCAUCAUACAGCUCUUCAUGCGCCCCCUUUCCCCCCCAACGGUCAAUGUCACAGACUACCGCGAAGCGGAGAAUAUAUCCAUGAGACGAUACAAGGACUUUGACCGAACCGACUUUCUUCGAUACAUCUCUCAGCCGUUGAUGCCUCAAUUUCACAUGAUGAUGAAGAGCGAUGAUCCCCUUUUCCUCCAUGGUGUCGUUGCCAAGCCCAUCUAUGAUAGCGUUCGGCAGAUGGUUGAGCUUUGGGAUCAUAAAGGUCGUCUUGCCGACGGCCACCCAUUCGAGGCUUUCAACGAUAUCUACUUCGGGGCGUUUGACGCCGUCUUGGCUUUCUCGUUCAGCAGCAACUUUCAACACAUGAUGCUGCCAAGUCGAUUGCAGCUGAUUUCGGCCCUUGAAAGGGUUGAACUUCCGACCAUUGCUGAUUUUAUGGUAGUCUUUCCGGAGAGUGAACAAAGCGAAGUCAUCAAAGCGAUGCUAGAGUUAGCAGAAACGGUCGAGGAAACGAGAAAGGCAGUUCUGCCAUGGCUUCGAUGCUGGUACAUCCACCAGACUCCUCGCAUCAAGGCCGCCAAGAAGGUCAGAGAUGAAUCUGUCAACCACGAACUCGAGACGGCCGUUCAAAGACUUGGGGCUGGUGAUUCUGCGUGCUCAGCGCUCGAUCACAUGGUCUACAGAGAGCAGAGGGUGGCCGAGAAGGAAGGCAGGGCCCCUGUCUACAAGUCAGUCGGUAUGCACAGCGAGGCUUUCGGGUUCCUGCUAGCGGGACACGAGACAACAGCCACAACCUUUGGCUGGGGCAUCAAGUACCUCACAGACAACCCAGAAGCACAAACACAUCUCCGCGAAGCCCUCCGCCAGCAUUUGCCCGACGCGGUGAAGGAGAGACGGAACCCAACCCACGAAGAAAUCAUCAAGGCCACCAUCCCUUACCUCGACGCCACCAUUGAAGAAAUCCUGCGCUUUGCCGGGACGACCUCCGUCACGGACCGCGAAGCGAUGCAAGACACGACGAUUCUCGGCCACCAUAUCCCCAAAGGCACAAACGUGAUGAUGGUGACCAUUGGCAAGAGCAUUCUCAAGCCAACCUUUGACAUCCCCGACUCCUUGCGUUCCAAGACGGCACUCGACGCGUCUCAUCGGAUCCGAAGCUGGGAGGCAUCGCCGUAUCCUGUUGAGGACUUCAAACCUGAACGAUGGCUUGUCAAGUCAGAUGAGGAUCCGGGGCAUAGGGUGUAUGAUGCCACGGCGGGGCCUCAGAUGGCUUUCGGCCUCGGGUCAAGGGCGUGUUUUGGACGACGGCUGGCAUACUUGGAGCUUCGCAUGUUUACUACGAUGCUGAUGUGGAACUUUGACUUUUUACAAUGUCCUCCGGAGUUGUCAGACUAUAGAGGCUAUGAUGGGUUGACGGUCAAGCCUCGGCAAUGCUAUGUCAAGCUGUCCAAGAUAGCUUUGUGA